ACAUGGCACACGGCUCGGCCAAGCGGGACAGCCCCGAGUGGGAAAUGAGCAAGUCGGGGGACCAAGGUAAAACCUUCAUUUAUGCCAAGAAGAGGGGGUACGAAGUGACACGAACCCCCCACCUGAAUAAGGGCAUGGCCUUCACCCUGGAGGAGCGCCUGCAGCUGGGCAUCCACGGCCUCCUGCCCCCCUGCUUCAUCAGCCAGGACGUUCAGCUGCUCCGGGUCCUCAGGAACUAUGAGAUGAAGAAGGAUGAUUUGGACAGAUAUGUGUUCCUGAUGGGCCUGCAGGACCGUAAUGAGAAACUCUUCUACAGAGUGCUCACUUCAGACCUCGAGCGCUUCAUGCCCAUAGUCUACACCCCUACCGUCGGCCUGGCAUGUCAACAAUACGGCCUCAUCUUCAGGAGACCCAGGGGGCUGUUCAUCUCCAUCCACGACCGUUUCCACAUCUCCACACUGCUGCAGAGCUGGCCAGAGAACGACAUCCGGGCUGUAGUCGUGACAGACGGGGAGCGAAUCCUGGGCCUCGGUGACCUGGGCACUUACGGCAUGGGCAUCCCGGUGGGCAAGCUGGCACUGUACACAGCCUGUGGAGGCGUGCCACCCCAGCACUGUCUGCCCGUUAUGCUGGAUGUCGGGACAGACAACCAGACCCUCCUGAAUGACCCCCUGUACAUUGGACUUCGGCAGAAGCGAGUGCGAGGUCAGGCAUACGAUGACCUGCUGGACGAGUUCAUGAAGGCCGUGACAGACAGAUAUGGAAUUAACUGCUUGAUCCAGUUUGAAGAUUUUGCCAACACAAAUGCUUUCCGUCUGCUCGACAACUAUCGCAACAAGUACUGCACCUUCAACGACGACAUCCAAGGUACGGCUGCAGUGGCAGUGGCCGGCCUCCUUACUGCCCUGCGCAUCACCAAGAGCAGGAUGUCAGACCACACCAUUGUGUUCCAGGGUGCAGGGGAGGCGGCCAUGGGAAUUGCUGAUCUCAUCACCAAGGCGAUGGAGAAGGAGGGUCUCCCUCCAGAUGAGUCCCUCAGAAAGAUCUGGAUGGUUGACUCCAAGGGCCUCAUCGUCAAGGCGCGUGGCCACCUGACCCACGAGAAGGAGCGGUUUGCUCGCGAGCACGCCCAGAUGGCGAGACUUGAGGACGUUGUUCGGGAUCUGAAGCCUACUGUAAUAAUAGGGGUGGCUGCAAUCGCUGGAGCAUUCACUGAGCAAAUUAUCAAGGACAUGGCAUCCUUUAAUAAGAGGCCCAUCAUCUUCGCCCUCAGCAACCCUACCAGCAAAGCGGAAUGCACGGCAGAGCAGUGCUACAGAAUCACAGAGGGACGGGGAAUCUUUGCCAGCGGAAGCCCCUUUGACCCUGUCACUCUCCCUGAUGGGCGGUGCUUCUUCCCCGGACAGGGCAACAAUGCCUAUGUGUUCCCUGGUUUGGCCCUGGGCAUCGUUGCCUGCUCGAUGAGGCACAUUCCCGAUGCUGUUUUCCUCACUACAGCUGAGGCCAUUGCUGAACAGGUAACAGAGAAGGACCUCUCUGAAGGGAGACUCUACCCUCCUCUCACCCAGAUCCGUGAGGUCUCCUGUAAGCUGGCUGUUAAGGUAGUGCAAUAUGCAUAUGAACACCAGAUGGCAGCGUUGAGUCCAGAGCCAGAGGACAAGGAAGCACUGGUGCGCUCACUGAUGUACAGCACGGACUACGAGGACUUUGUUGCGGACUCAUACCAGUGGCCAGCGGAUGCCAUGAAUGUACAGACUUGUAAAUUGUGACCUGGGGGGAGGGGGCAAAGGGAUGGUGGGGGUGGGGAGAGUGAAAUUCCAGUGAUUGUCAUGCUCAAGCUGUACAUGCACAAAAUCAAUGCCAUCUGUAUAAAUACAUAAAACUAUAUAGUGCUUUAAAUUUCCUCACCCGCAGUGCAGCAAUGUGAUGCUAAGUAAACGUUUUAAAAAUCG